GUGACACUUUAUUGUUUUCAUUUUUAAUAUCAAAAAGAUAAAAAUGCUGAAGACAGGUAGAAACAAAUCACUGAAGUACUUGAUUAACAAAUUAUCCCGAAAUGUCUCUACUUGGUCCACACCUUUGGGAACUGCAUUUAAUUCGCCUCCAUAUAAUAAAAUAAACUUUACACGAAAUGAAUCGGGUCUAUUUCGGUUGUCGGAAUUACGUUCUUUUGAAGGUUUCUAUCUUUUGCGGGACAAUGUAGCAAAUAAAACAGAAGAGCUAAUAGCUGAAGCUACCUCAGCAAAUCGCGAGAGGAAAAUGGUUGAAAUCUUUGAUGAACUGUCCGAUUCUCUUUGCAAAGUUGCCGAUCUAGCAGAAUUUAUUCGCAUUGCGCAUCCAAAGAACAAAUACUGUCAAGCCGCUGAGGAUGCCUGUAUUUCUAUAAGUGGAAUUGUGGAAAAUUUGAAUACGCACAAACCUUUGUAUACAGCAUUACGCAACGUUGUUGAUAAUGGCGAUAUUCUGCCCACGAGCGAUGUGGAUAAACACGUAUCCAAACUAUUCCUCUUUGAUUUUGAACAAUCGGGCAUUCACUUGGCAGAAGCAGAGAGGCAAAAAGUAGUUCGUCUUAACGAAUACAUUUUACAAUUGGGGCAAAAAUUCAUGGCCGGUGCGGUACAGCCCUCUAGUAUUCGGCGUACUGAUGUCCCAUCAUCUGUUCGCAAUUACUUUCCUUCGGAAGGAGACAGCGUACUCGUUUCUGGUUUGUACACAAACUCAUCAUCUGCUGAAGCACGUGAAACUGCUUACCGUCUAUUCUUGCAGCCAUCUGAGCAACAGAACCAACUGCUUACAGAUUUACUAUUGUGUCGUCAUGAACUUGCUCGUACAUGUGGCUUCGAAACGCACGCGCAUCGUGCACUGAAUGCAAGCACCGUCGAACAUCCAAAAAUGGUUCAAGAGUUUCUUGAUGAAUUGUCAAAUGGUCUUUCUCCUCGUGCGGAUGCGGAUUUCAGAAUCAUGGAGAAAAUGAAGCGACAAGAUAGCGGAAUAGAUACAGCCCGCCUUGCUGCUUGGGACCCUCCUUAUUUCACUUCUCUGAUGGAGAGAAAAUCAUUAAAAGCGAAUACUAGUGAGUUCUUGCCAUAUUUCAGUCUAGGAGGCUGUAUGGAAGGACUUGAUAACAUAAUGCGUUCAUUGUAUGGAAUAUCUUUGAAAAAUACGGAAAUGGAGCCGGGAGAAAGUUGGAAUAACGAUAUUUAUAAAAUAUCAGUUAUUCACGAGACAGAAGGUUUACUUGGAUAUAUUUAUUGUGAUUUUUUCGAACGCAAUGGUAAACCCAAUCAAGACUGUCACUUCACAAUACAAGGAGGGAAAAAUCUACCCGACGGCGAUUAUCAAUUGCCCAUUGUGGUUGUAAUGUUAAAUUUAUCUCAACCCCAUUGGACUGGACCUGUGCUUCUAUCACCAUCGCGGAUCGACAAUCUGUUUCAUGAAAUGGGACAUGCAAUGCAUUCAAUGCUUGCUCGAACGAAGUAUCAGCAUGUAACCGGUACACGUUGUAGUACAGAUUUUGCGGAGGUUCCGUCUGUAUUAAUGGAAUAUUUCGCGAACGAUCCACGAGUUCUACGCACGUUUGCACGCCAUUUCCAAACGCAAGAGCCCAUUUCGGAAGAUAUGCUGCAACGAUUAUGCGCCUCAAAGAAGCUUUUUUCAGCUAGCGAAACACAACUGCAGGUUUUCUAUUCUGUACUUGAUCAAGUAUACCAUAGUAGACCAGUAUCGAACAAUAGCAGCACGACGGAAACGUUGAUAGAUGUGCAAAGGCAAUAUUAUGGAUUACCAUAUGUAGAAAACACAGCUUGGCAACUUCGGUUUUCGCAUUUGGUUGGUUACGGGGCAAAGUACUAUUCUUAUUUGAUAUCGAAAACUAUAGCUUCGUGGAUAUGGCAAAACUAUUUUGAAAGUAAUCCAUUCAAUCGUGAGUCAGGUGAGAAGUAUCGUCGUGAAAUAUUGGCACAUGGUGGAGGUGUACCUUCUAAGCAACUGGUUGCAAAUUUUUUGAAGAAAGAUAUGACUCCGCAAAUCUUAGCACAAAGUUUACUAAACGAAAUCGAUAUGAAUAAUGAUAUUGUCCAGGAUAUAAGUAACAGUGUACUUAAUGCAGAAACGUGACUUCACAAUAAUAGCUGAUAUUGUUCUUUUUCUCAUAUGUAUAUUUAAAUGUACAUAAUAAACAAUUUUAUCUAAUUUGACCUAUUUAUUAAUGAAA